AGCAACAAUUACAUAUUAUUUUCGGCGAACGUCGUCUGUGAAAUAUUCGAAUACCUACCUACUAUUUUGUUCCAAGUGACAAGUUUCACUGACUUUUCCAUCUGUUUCGGUUAGCGGUUAGGUAUAUCCAGUAGAAAUAUAAACGGUCUUUCUGUGUUUUUUUUUCCAUUGUUCACAGUUCAUUGUUAUUUGUUGUUUACGGGCUACAGCCAACAGCUCCGAUAUUGACAAUCAACAGCCGCACAACGUACACGUUUUGUCGAAUUUUCAUUUGCCUUAUUACAAAAACUUAACCGUUAAAAAAUGGCACCGAAAAAGACAAAACGCGAAGUUUCUGACGAUUCUUCGUCCGAUUCUGGACCAGACGACAGAAAUCCACCUCCAAAAAAAUCAAAGCCGGCCGACAAGGCACCUGCCAAAAAAAGUGCUCCCAAAAAAGACGAAGAACCUUCUUGGUCGUUGGACAAGAAUCGCACCGUCAAAGUCAGAGAGUUUCGUGGUAGAUACAUGGUUGAUAUUCGCGAGUACUACGAGAAGAAUGGCGAGUUACUUCCUGGUAAAAAAGGAAUAUCCUUAUCGAUAAAUCAAUGGAACAAGUUAAGAGAACAUAUCGAUGAUAUUCAAUCAACCCUCACGGAACUCGAUGCCUAAUUUUUUUUUUCCUUGUUAAGUUGCUAUAAGUUUAAUAUUGUUAAAAUAUUAACGUUGCGUUGCGACUGAUUUUUUUUUACUUUCAAUAUUAUUUGUACUUAAAGUUUUUAUUUUAUAAUAAUGAGUACAUGUCCCUUAAAGGUUUGUACUUUUGUUUCUCUACUAAUGUUAAAUUGAUAAUGUUUUUUAAUUUAAAUUACUAUUACAUGUAGAAGGUAAUAUUCAGUUGUAAUUAAUUUAUUUACCGCUCUGUUUAAACAGACAAUAUUUCACAUUUUUAUUUAUUUAUAAUUUUUUUAUUUCUAAGACCGAAAAGAAGAUAUUAAUAAUAAAAUGUAACUUAAUAAUUUUGAGUAAA